GCCGUCACCCCGGGCGGGGCCCCUGCGCAGGCGGCUACGCGCGGCGGCCCGGCCGAAGGAAGGAGCGAGCGAGCGGGCGGGCGGGCGGGCGGCGGCGGCGGCGGCGGCUGGCGCCCGGAGGGCCGACGAGAUUGUAAACCAUGGCUGUGUGGAUACAAGCCCAGCAGCUCCAAGGCGAUGCCCUUCAUCAGAUGCAAGCAUUAUAUGGUCAGCAUUUCCCCAUUGAGGUGCGACAUUAUUUAUCCCAGUGGAUUGAAAGCCAAGCUUGGGACUCAAUAGAUCUUGAUAAUCCACAGGAGAACAUUAAAGCCACCCAGCUCCUGGAGGGUCUGGUGCAGGAGCUGCAGAAGAAGGCAGAGCACCAAGUCGGGGAAGAUGGGUUCUUAUUGAAGAUCAAGCUGGGGCACUAUGCCUCGCAGCUCCAGAACACAUAUGACCGCUGCCCCAUGGAGCUGGUCCGCUGCAUCCGACAUAUUCUGUACAAUGAACAGAGGCUGGUGCGAGAAGCCAACAAUGGCACUUCUCCAGUUGGAAGUCUUGCUGAUACCAUGUCCCAGAAACACCUCCAGAUCAACCAGACAUUUGAGGAGUUGAGACUGGUCACACAGGACACAGAGAAUGAACUGAAGAAGCUGCAGCAGACUCAAGAGUACUUCAUCAUCCAGUAUCAGGAGAGCUUGAGGAUCCAGGCUCAGUUUUCCCAGCUGGCGCAGCUGAAUCCCCAGGAGCGCCUGAGCCGGGAGACGGCCCUCCAGCAGAAGCAAGUGUCCCUGGAGGCCUGGCUGCAGCGUGAGGCCCAGACGCUGCAGCAGUACCGCGUGGAGCUGGCCGAGAAGCACCAGAAGACCCUGCAGCUGCUGCGGAAGCAGCAGACCAUCAUCCUGGAUGAUGAACUGAUCCAGUGGAAGCGGCGGCAGCAGCUGGCAGGGAACGGAGGGCCCCCCGAGGGCAGCCUGGACGUGCUACAGUCCUGGUGUGAGAAGUUGGCCGAGAUCAUCUGGCAGAACCGGCAGCAGAUCCGCAGAGCUGAGCACCUCUGCCAGCAGCUGCCCAUCCCCGGCCCAGUGGAGGAGAUGCUGGCCGAGGUCAAUGCCACCAUCACAGACAUCAUCUCAGCCCUGGUGACCAGCACAUUCAUUAUUGAGAAGCAGCCCCCUCAGGUCCUGAAGACCCAGACCAAGUUUGCAGCGACAGUGCGUCUGCUGGUGGGUGGGAAGCUGAACGUACACAUGAACCCCCCCCAGGUGAAGGCCACCAUCAUCAGCGAGCAGCAGGCCAAGUCGCUGCUCAAGAACGAGAACACUCGCAAUGACUACAGUGGAGAGAUCCUGAACAACUGCUGUGUGAUGGAGUAUCAUCAAGCCACGGGCACUCUCAGCGCGCACUUCAGAAACAUGUCCCUGAAACGAAUUAAGAGGUCUGAUCGUCGUGGAGCAGAGUCAGUAACAGAAGAAAAAUUUACAAUCCUGUUUGAAUCACAGUUCAGUGUUGGUGGAAAUGAGCUGGUUUUUCAAGUCAAGACCCUGUCCCUCCCGGUUGUGGUGAUCGUCCAUGGCAGCCAGGAUAAUAAUGCAACAGCCACCGUUCUCUGGGACAAUGCUUUUGCAGAGCCUGGCAGAGUGCCAUUUGCCGUGCCUGACAAAGUGCUGUGGCCACAGCUGUGUGAGGCGCUCAACAUGAAAUUCAAGGCUGAAGUGCAGAGUAACCGGGGCCUGACCAAGGAGAACCUCGUGUUCCUGGCACAGAAACUGUUCAACAGCAGCAGCAGCCACCUUGAAGACUAUAACGGCAUGUCGGUGUCCUGGUCCCAGUUCAACAGGGAGAAUUUACCAGGACGAAAUUACACGUUCUGGCAGUGGUUCGAUGGUGUGAUGGAAGUGUUAAAAAAGCAUCUCAAGCCUCAUUGGAAUGAUGGGGCUAUUUUGGGUUUCGUGAACAAGCAACAGGCCCAUGACCUACUCAUUAACAAGCCUGAUGGGACUUUCCUGCUGAGAUUCAGCGACUCUGAAAUUGGCGGCAUCACCAUUGCUUGGAAGUUUGAUUCUCAGGAAAGAAUGUUUUGGAACCUGAUGCCUUUUACCACCAGAGACUUCUCCAUCCGGUCCCUGGCUGACCGCUUGGGAGACCUGAAUUAUCUUAUCUAUGUGUUUCCUGAUCGGCCAAAAGACGAAGUGUACUCCAAAUAUUACACACCAGUCCCAUGCGAGCCUGCCACUGCUAAAGCAGUAGACGGAUACGUGAAGCCACAGAUCAAGCAGGUGGUCCCUGAGUUUGUGAGCGCGUCUACAGAUUCUGCUGGGGCCAGCGCCACCUACAUGGACCAGGCCCCCUCCCCGGCUGUGUGCCCCCAGGCUCAUUAUAACAUGUACCCACAGAACCCUGACCCUGUCCUUGACAACGAUGGGGAGUUUGAUCUGGACGACACGAUGGAUGUGGCACGGCGUGUGGAGGAGCUCUUAGGCCGACCUAUGGACAGUCAGUGGAUCCCUCACGCACAGUCGUGACCCCGCAUCUCCACCUGCAGCUUUUCUGUCCUCGCCAGAGGAGUUACUCUUGUGGAUGUUUUAAUUCCAUGAAUCGCGUCUCUUUGGAAACAAUACUCAUAAUGUGAAGUGUUAAUACUAGUUGUGACUUUAGUGUUUCUGUGCAUGGUGGCACCAGUGAAGGGAGUGUGUGCGAAUGUGUGAGUGUAUGUGCGCGUGCGUGCGUGAGUUUGCACGUUGGGCUGUUUCUCCCCCUUGCUGUGCAGAGUGUAGUUGCAGCAUUGGGGCCACAAACAGAGGCUGUGGUUGUUUUAACCUUGUGCAAAAAGGCAAUAGUUCUGUGAACCCUGGAACUUAGCCAUGUGUCUGUUGGAGUAAGAGAAGGACAAAGGGAGGAGAAAGCACCUCUUCUCCGGUGAGAUUUGUCACUGUGUCUGCCAAGCAAUUGAUAUAUAACCAUGAUUGUCUCUGCUUUCCUUUGAAAUGUAGAAACUGCCUUUUGAAAAAGAAAGCCUCCCGCCCGUCUUUCCCUGUCCCCCACCCCUGUUUUCCUGAGUAGGGAUGGGCAAAGGGGAAACACACCAUGAUUGUUGGGACAAGGGAAGUCAUGGGUUGUCUGAUGGGUAGUGGCUUUUUAAAUAAUGCUUAUAGCCCAUCUACAUGUUCUCUCCCUUGCCCUCCUUCCUUCCCCUCUGUGAAAUUGCCACUCAGUCCUGUGUUUGUAUACACGCACAGACACAUUUGAUGAACCAGGGGAAAGAGGGUCACAUAACCGCAGCUUACAGUGUUGAUGUCCUUUGUGUCGUGGCCAGAGUGGAAGGAAAGUCGGCUUGCUACCCAGAGCAGCUGCCCCCCGCCAUCCCCGGUCUGCCCGUCCUUCCACCCAAGUGCAGCUACCCCAAGGCUUAUUGAUAAUGGCUGUUUGCACAUGGUGGUGUUAUGUUUCUAAAUUGGGACUUCUUGUUUUCCUCUUCCCACCCUCAUCUGACAUCACAGUUCUUUUGACCUGUGGCGGGUUCUGUGGCAUUCGUACCCAGGUCACCUCGUUUCCCUUCACUGUUCACACAGGCUGUCUUGGGGAGGGGGUGGUAGGAAUGCAGCCUGAACCUGGGGCCGGUGUGUUCUGCGCUGUUGCCCACUUGGUACGGGCUGCUGGGUGUCGCGCGUUGGUAAUUUGGGAAAUGCAGUCAGUGGAUUUCCUAGGAAGUUUGGUAAGCUGCAAAAACAAAACAGCUUCAGUACAACGUUGUACACAGUUUCUUCCGUAGUUUUACAUCAAAUGGAAGGAAUGGGCUAUGGCAGUCAGGUGGGAAGAGGGGAAAGCAGAUGUAGCUUUUGGGGUAGGCCUACAAGGUCACUCACCCCUGGCCCCCCUCUCCAAAAGAAGGAAUGGCCCUAAAAACCUUAUUUUUAUACAUGUGAGUAAAUAAACAUAUUUUUUUUACAAAAAUGACUUCUGAAUUUAUCAGUGUUUUGAUGUUAAAGGAAAAUAUUCCUCUGUAGUAAAUUAUUUAUUGGAAGAUGACUUUUUAAAAGCUGCUGUUUGUCCUGGCUUGGUUUCAUACACUGAUUUAUUUUUCUAUGCCAGGCAGUAGAAGCUCUGUGCCUCUGAGGAGCAGGCCGACCCCUCCAUGACACCAGCAUUGACACAUGAUGCGGCUAAGCCCUUUACACACCCAAGAUUUAAUUAAAAUUCCAACCGUGAGGCUGAGAGUGUUGGGGAAAAGGGGAAAGGAAGCCUGACUGCUCUGGGACCCAGUCUUAAAGAGCCCUUACCUGCCUGUCACUCAGGCUUCACCGACACUCACCUCUGAAGCCCGGAGUUCCAGCAGCCCUGCCGCCCGGCCGCAUGGGGCAGGGACUGACUCGCUUCCAGACUGGUAGCACACCCAGCCCCAGGGAGUGCUGUUGGCACUGGGGGUGCUGGGACUAGCAAGUGUGGCUGCCCGGAGCACAGGUGUUCCGUGCUGGUACAGUUGCUGAGCUGUCCUCAGCUUUCCUUAGGCUGUGCCUAUAGAUGGGAGAGAUCUUUGACCGAAAGGUGUGCUCACUAUCUGCAUUGUAUUUUCUCUUUUCUCCCUGCUCCUGCAAACCACAAAAGAGGCAGUGACAAGUCUUGACCACCUCUGCCUCUCACUUGCUCACACACACACACACACACACACACACGUCAUCAAAACAUUUCAAUGUGUGGUAUGUGCAGGGUUUUGUAGGGGGUUGGGGAGACUAAAAGUGAAUAUAACUUAAAGUGGAAGUAUACUUUUUAUAAUUUUUCUUUUUAAAACUUUGUGAAAUUAUUUCAGAUACAUAUUUUAGUGUUGAGGCAGAUUAGUCUAUAGCCACCAAAAAAGUAUUGUGUAUAAUUUGGGGCAGUCACAAAAUUGUGUAUUUUAUGUUACAAUAAAGGCUUCCUCUGAAGGGACAA